AUGGCUUACGCAGGCCUUAAAAGAAACAAGACGGGAUUUCGCAGUGGACCUGCUGAACCGCGCCACAGUGAAUCUCAGUUUCACACCUUCCUAAGGCAGAGCACUCAUAACGAGGAUCCGAUACCCCUACUGAAGACCCUCGAAAGUGUAGACCUCACUGAAGACGAAGCGAAAGCUGAUCAUCUUUCAGAAAGUUUCUGGUCAGUUGGCACAAAAGAAACGGUAUACGAUUACACCGCCGAUGACGCCAAUGAGGAUAAAAUAGUUCACACUUUUCAAUUCACUGAGGCUACGAUCCUUAUGGAACUGCUGUGGUUAAACGAAUAUAAGUCACCGAGUCCCGAUGAAAUACCGGCAAAAAUGCUGAAAGAGCUCGCCAAUGAGUUGGUAAAACCACUCUGCGCUUUUCCAAACAUCCUUCGAGAAGGGAUGUCUACCACCUGA